GCCAAGCGGAUAAAAAAAAAACACAGAAACGGGCGAUAGCAACGCUAAAAGCCAAACAAAUCGUGGGAAACUGAAAACAGUUGAAUGAAAAGCACUCGAGUAUACAACAACAACAACAACAACAGCUAAUGUGCAAUACUAAUUACGGGCGACAAAUUCUUCCCAGCAAUACAUUCUAGUUAAACGCCUAAGAGUAGUUCGUGUGCGUAUCUGCAUCCUUGUGUGUGUGUGUGCCUCUGAGUGUGUGUUCGCUGCCAGGCCAUUGCCAUAUGUGUGCCACUGCCUGAGCAUUGCAACAGCUACAGCCUUAAAGUCAAUCCCCGUGUUUAGCCAGCAGAGACGGCAGCAUGGCCGAAAUAGUCGAGCUGAAUGUUGGCGGCGUCCAUUAUACGACCACGCUAUCAACGCUCUUGCAGGACAAGUCAACGCUGCUGCAUGAGCUGUUUGCCGCCGGCGCGCGCGACUCGCUAGCCAAGGACAGCAAGGGACGCUACUUCCUUGAUCGCGAUGGUGUGCUCUUCCGCUACAUUUUGGACUUUUUGCGCGACAAGGCGCUCAACUUGCCGGAGGGCUUUCGUGAGAAGCAGCGACUGCAGCGGGAGGCGGAGCAUUUCAAGCUGACGGCCAUGUUGGAAUUCAUUCGCAACGAUCGGGAUGCACGGCCGCCGGGCUGCAUCACCAUUGGCUAUCGCGGCAGCUUCCAGUUCGGCAAGGAUGGACUGGCCGAUGUGAAGUUUCGAAAGCUGUCUCGCAUCCUGGUCUGCGGACGCGUGGCGCAGUGCCGCGAAGUCUUUGGCGACACGCUGAACGAGUCGCGUGAUCCGGAUCAUGGUGGUCCGGAUCGCUAUACGUCUCGCUUCUUUCUCAAGCACUGCUUCAUAGAGCAGGCCUUCGAUAAUCUGCACGAGCACGGAUAUCGCAUGGCGGGCAGCUGCGGCUCUGGAACGGCAGGCUCGGCAGCAGAGCCCAAGCCUGGCGUCGAUAUAGAGGAGAAUCGCUGGAAUCACUACAAUGAGUUUGUCUUCAUCAGGGACUAAGCUCUGAACUGGAAGGAUGUUAGUGAAGUAGCAAAGCGACACGUUAAAGUUUUCGUUUGUAUGUUUGCCGUUAAGUUUGUGAACAGCUUUAACCUUAUUUCUCCCACCCCCCGAUUGUACACCAACACCUACAAGUACAAUGAGUGUGCGAGUGUGUGUAACAAAUACUUGUUAUGCUCCGAGGUACAGAACAAGGGGCCCGCAGAGCCUGUGAGGCGAGCAGUCGCAGCUGGCACAUCCUGUCGAUGGCUUGGUUCGACCUUCGUCUUCGACUUAUGCCAAGAUUUUCCACUAAUACUCACAGACACCCACACACACACACUAACAAAUACAGCCACAGCCUCAGCCACACAUACAGCCAGUUGAACGUGGAAAUGUCAUUCAUCUUGCCGUCGAAAACGCUGCGCCUGCCAAUUUUUCGGGCGCACCAACUUGUAGCUAUAUUAUACUAUAUACACACACUGGUAUUCAGGAUAUUGACUUUUAAUGAGAUAUUUAUUAUGUAUGUACGCAGAAGAGGCAUGGCCGUGUGUGCGUGUGUGUGCGAAUGUUUCUGUAAUGGACAGCACUUGCAAAUUUGUCUUGUAGGCAGAUUCAGAUUCAAAUGCUGUCCAUGGAUCACAUCAAAGCAAACAAAGCAGGCCUCUAAGCCUCACGCUCGCAUGCACGUCGCAUUAAUUUCCCAUGAUUAAUGCAGGAAAAUUGAAAAAGUGUCAGUUAAGUUCUGCUUCUCUCUCCAAAUACAAUUUGUGGGAAAUACUCUUAAUGGCACAACUAAGGCAGGAGAUUGCAGAAUCUCGAACAGUGUGGGAAGAAAGAUUAGUUUGAAGAAUCCUGAUCGCAAUGUGUACACUCAAUUCGGUUCCAACCUAAUCCUAUCACCUCCAGUGUAGUAGAGUCCUUCUAAUUUAUAUACAAUCUAAACUUUCUUGUUACUUGACCUCUGACGACCAAUUGAUUUAAUGUUUCAUUGCAAAGCCACUCCAAGUCUUUUCAGUGUUACACACCCACCUUUCUAUUACAAUGGGAACAUGUAUACAAUUAAGCCUAAUUGAAUAAUUAUAUUUCAAACCUAAGAGCCGUAUCUGAAUAACUGAACGACCUUAUAGUUUGUGCAAUCAGUGGCGCACAAUUGUAAAACACUUCUAGCAUAUUUCAAAUACCUCAUUUAUUUCGAACAACUCUUUCUCCUUGGCAGCAAAUUAUGUACAUUUGAAAUUUGAAUUCAAUUUCGUAGACUGCAUAUUUUUGCCAUUUAAUUGCAAGACAAGCCACGAGCUGCCAUCAAUUUGGGAACGAAUUGCAGCCAUAAAGAAGGAAUACGUAAUGGAAUUGUUAAAAGCACUUUGAUGGCCAAAUACAAAGGCAUCAAUUUUUGUUGAUGAAUGACGAGCGAAUUUACGAGCAGCCAACGUUGGUUCCUUGGCCCCUUCUAUGCAAAGUGCUGGCAAUCGCAUUCCCUUACAUACUUAUAUAAGAGGAAAUCUGUGCAGUGUCCCUCAAAUGUAUCUACAAUAAACAAAGUGAAAUGAAUGACGGUGUAAAACUGUAGAUUUUAUUAGCAGGAAAUUCCAAAUCGAAGUUGAAAUAAAACAGAGCAAGCAGAAUGAAAAUAAACCGCAGAGUACGAAAUAUUUAAGGCAAUUUAUAAUAUGCAGAGUGAAUACCAUGAGUAUUGGAAGAAAUACACUUCUAUAGCGAUAGCGAAUCAAUCACACUCCAGAACUUACUAAAACAAACUAUUCGAAUACGGGUUACUUUUUGUGCAAAUAUAAACAAGAUCUACAUACAUAUAUAGUAUACCUACAAACGAUAUUAACUAAAUGCUAAUCUUUUGUGCUUUGUAGAGCAUUUAAGAAAUCCAAAUUAUUUGCAACUACAACUGCAACAACAACACAAUGCAAAUAAUAUACAUAUUUAUGAACUUCCAAAGAUAAUUGUAAUAUUUUAUUAAAGAGAAAACAAUGCAGUCUAGCAAAUACUAUAGAGAAGAUUUUGUCUACUAGUAGCCAAAGAAACCACACACUCGAUAAAAUACGCAAAAACCAAGGGGAUUUAAUAUCAUUCCCAUAGAAAACUAAAUAAGUAAAUAAAACUAGAAAGAUGCCAUAGGGUAUACUAAAAACAAAAACAGAGACAAACAGCAAAAUAAAAGCAUAAAGAGGCAGCGAGCAGCUAGCAACAUCUGGCGCAUAAAUAAUCCAAAGGCGCUGUCAAAAAUGUUGGCCAAAAUGCAGCCAAUAAAAAGCUAACAUAAAGAAUUUAGUUUACACACAUAUACCAUAUACAUACUUCUAUACACACACACACACACACGCACACCACACACACCCAGCACGCACCCACCCACAAUCAAUAUUAACAACAUAUUUAUUAUCGAAAUCGAACAAAAGCGCAGAGGGUAGCAAACUGUCAUAUGCCGGCCCAUAAAUGUAUAUGAUGCUGUCAAUAUCGUCUCUGUGGGCGUGCGGGUAUGUAUGUAUGGUGUGUGCGUGUGUGUGUGCGCCAGUAAGUAUUUAAGUGAAAAGUUUUUCCAUUAUAAAAAACCACAAAAUUUGGUGAAUUUUACGUGCGACAUAUAACCAACACUUUUGCUCGACAUCUAUUGAUAUCUAAACAGCUAAUCGAGUAUGGAGUAGAAUGCGUGUUCGUGUGCGUGCGUGUUUAAGAAAAGCAGUUACUUAGCAUUUUUGAAACUUCCAACUUCCAACUUGGUUCUAGUAGCACGUGUCUCGAACCUCAGGAUCAUUAUUUCGAUCCAAAUAAAGUUAUCUUUUGAAAUUGUUUACUAUGUCAAGUUUUCUGGUUGUUGUUUCAUUUCGAUUAAUUGGUAGAUCCUGCAGCAACCAUUUGGCAUCAGUUCUCCUCAAGUUUGUGGUCCCUGGUGGACAGCUAAGUCAUUCAUUUAAAUUCACAUUAAAGUAGAAUGAAAUAUUAUAGCUGGUUCUAUAAGGUCUCUACAAUCCUUUUAGGAUAAUAUUCCACUGUGUAUCCCACUUGUUAUUUCAAUGUGGCUCACAACUCAAGUCAUCUUCAACGCACAGCCACACAAACACACAUUAUAUUCCAGACUCUCCUUCCAACAUUUAGCUAGUCUUUGUUGCAUGAACGACAACAGUGCACGGCAAAGACUAUGAGCCCCCACAAAUGGUGUCGAGCAACCGCAGUUGGUCACAUGUCCCACGUGGGAGGCAACAAGUUAAUACUCAUAUACAUAUUUAUAUUUUUGACUUAUAAGCGUAUGCCAAAGAGAUGACACGAUAAACUUCCAUCGUACGGAAUUAUUCAUAAAAUGAUUUAAUCUACAAGAAAAAAGAUAAACAUACCAAAAAAUUUGCUGAACUUUUUAACAGAAACAUUUUCAUUUUGAUUUAAGUCUUUAAAUAAAUCAAUUCUUUUUGAAAAAAUCAACAACAACAAUGAAUUCAAAUGCUGUGAAACAAUAAUGCUUGGGCGCUUUAAUGGCAACUCAUUAAAAAAGAUAUUUGCAAUAAAAACUCAUUAAAAAUGUUUUUCCUCGCUGACAUAUCUCGUAUCGCAUUUCCACACACGCGGCGUUCGCACGGUCAUUAGUUUAUUGUUGUUGUUGUUGUUUUUGUAUAACCAAUGAAUUUUCCAGAAGUAAACAUAUAGCAAGCAGUUGUGUGGCGCUUUCGGAAAACUCAGAGAGGAAGUCUCUUAUUUGUUGAUAAACACAUUACACGAAGACGAAAUAACAUAUGUAUAAAUAAAUUGUUGAACUAAAAUAAAAAUGAAAAUGAAAAUCGCAGCGCACUGCGUCUUUACUAAAAGAGAAAUAAAAUUGGGAAAAAUGCAUGGUUCCAUUGAUGAAAAACUAUAAAGCUCCAUUAUAGAAAAUUAUUGAAAACAUAGCGAAAAUGCGCAUAUAUAUAAAUAUAUAUUUAAAUAAAUUGUCGAUAUUGAAGUAUCUAUAAAUGUUUAGAAUUAAUUGAGUCAAAUGAAUAUAAAUUCGGCGAGGAACACUAAAACGUAUUAUUAAUUAAAUUAAAAUAACUUAACCUAAUCUAAAUUGAAGCAAGCGAAAGCCAAGAGCCUAUCAGAGAGCGAAAAAUGAAAGAAAUACUAUAUAUGUAAAGAUAUACUUGAAAUAAUAAAAAACAGAGAAAAACCACGA